AUGGAGGCAUGCAAGACGGUGUCCGCGUGCACCGCGGGGGCGGCUCAAGGCACGCAUGUGUUUGAUAUAUUGGGUUACAGCAAGCUGAGGGGCAUGGGAAACGAACCGGAGAGCUUCAUACUAUCCAUCAUUUUCACUGUCAGCGACCACGACUGGGCCAUCCGCUUAUACCCGGAUGGGUUCCAAAAAGAAAGCGAAGUGCACAAAACAGAGCCUAGGGUUUUCAACUCUGAUGAUACCACUAAGUUUGCUCCACAGACUUCUCAGUUCGAGAGGCAAAGCAACAUCGAGGGAUCCGCGUACCUUAGGGAUGAUGUCAGGACCCCGAUUCCAAAUGAUCACCUGAAGAUCGAAUGCAUCAUCACUGUCUUCGAGAAGCCACAUGUUACAGAUACCAAAUUGGGGCUCCGCAAGAUCGACAUGCCACCAUCUAACAUGACUGAACAUGUUGAGAAGCUGUUGGAAGAAAAGGAGGGAUUCGAUGUCAGUUUCAGUGUUGGAGGAGAGACCAUUGAAGCACAUAGGCUCGUUCUUGCUAUGCGGUCACCUGUUCUGAAGGCAGAGCUCUAUGGGCCGAUGCGGGAGGCGAAGCCGAGGUAGUGAAUAACCAUCAAGGACAUGCAACCUGCUGUUUUCAGGGCCCUGUUGCACUUCAUCUAUACUGAUUCUUUGUCUGGUGGUGAGGAUGAGGAUACUGAGAUGGCCCAGCUUUUACUGGUGGCUGCGGACAGAUAUGCCAUGGAGAGGCUCAAGCUGGUUUGCCAAAGCAUACUUUGCAAGGAUCUGAAUGUGGACACUGUGGCAACCACAUUGGCUUUAGCUGACCAACAUAACUGCGAUGAACUUAAGGAUGGUUGCCUUGAAUUUAUCGAAAUAUCAGAUACCAAUGCUAUGGAUGAUGUAGUGGCAACCCAAGGUUUCAAGGAUCUGAAAGUGACUUGUCCAUCUCUCAUAGUGGACGCAUUAGAGAAGAGAAGGAAGUUUCAUAAGGCAUGA